AUGCACUCUAGAUUUGCAGACAUUUUUAGUUACUUAAAAUACCAAAUACAUCCAAAAGAAGUUUUAAAUAAAGGCGAUAAAGCCAAUUUUAGAAGACAAACUAAGCCAUUUAUAGUUGAUAAUAAUGAGUUAUAUCAUUUAAAUAAAGCUCCAAAGAGAAAAGUUAUUUGGAGUAGAGAUGAACAACAAAACAUAAUAAAGUUUGUUCAUGAAGGAAACGAUGUCUCUGUUGAGUCUAAAGCUUUAUCUGGUCAUACAGGUAUUAAUAACACAACCUAUCACAUUCAAAGUAGAUUUUUCUGGUAUGGAAUGAUAAAAGAUAUUACAACUUAUGUUUCCAAAUGUGACCAAUGCCAAAAGUCAAAGAACAGAAAACGUUAG